AGCUCAGCAGAGUGAAGGAUGACAUCACGGAAAAGCCCUGUCUCUCAGCAGAUGUACUUAAUAUAAAUCAGGAGCUCAAGGAAGGAAGAAUUAGAGAGAAAGGGAGAAUAUAACCGGUACAGCUAAGAGCUGCAGCAUCACAGAGAAAGAUACUUGAUAGAGAGAGAGAGAGAGAAUCCAAAAAGGAUUUAGUCUGCUAAAACAAUCUUGCAUAUCCUACAAACUGAAAUAAACCAUAGGAUUACUAUACUGACUUGACGUUUUGCAGAAGACUGUCCUAAGGAAAGGAAAUAGAAUGACUUCAAAUGUUGUAAUGAGACACAGCAAUAGGUUGCAGCCAUGUCACCAGCGCUGGAGCAUCCAUGCAGAUGGCAGACAUAUUACGGCACAAAACGAUCCUCUUUCAUACCUUACUCGCUCUACAUCUUGUAUGAACCCUGGACAGUUCUACAGAGGGAGCUGGUCUUCAGAAUCAACGGAUUCAGUUAUUUCCACUGAGUUGGGAAGUUCCUGCUAUCGUGUGGUACUGAUAGGAGAGAGUGGAGUUGGAAAGUCAACACUGGCAAGUGUAUUUGCUGGAGUGACUGAUGGUUUGGACAGUGACUGUGAUUUAUUAGGAGAUGACAUCUAUGAGCGAACAAUAACUGUUGAUGGGGACACUGCAACUGUAAUACUAAUGGAUUUGUGCAACACAAAGUAUCAGUAUAAUGAAGACUGGAUUCAGGAUCAUUGCAUGCAAAUUGGUGAUGCCUACCUCAUUGUGUACUCUAUUACUGAUCGGGUGAGCUUUGAAAAAGCUUCUGAGCUCCGAAUACAACUGCGGAGGGCACGCCAGGCUGAUGAUAUCCCCAUUAUAUUAGUAGGCAAUAAAUGUGAUCUUGUGAGAUGUCGGGAUGUUUCAGUAGCAGAGGGUAGAGCAUGUGCUGUUGUGUUUGACUGUAAGUUCAUUGAAACAUCAGCUGCUGUCCAGCACAAUGUCCAAGAAUUAUUUGAAGGGAUCGUGCGUCAACUUCGUUUAAGGAGAGACAGCAAAGAAAUGAAUGCAAAGCGGAUGAGCUAUCACAAAAGGAAGGAAAGCUUGCCUAAGAAGGCUAGGAGAUUUCUGGAUAAAGUAGUUGCCAAAAACAACAAGAAUGUGGCAUUCAAACUGAAGUCAAAAUCUUGUCAUGACCUCUCGGUGCUUUAGAAAAUGGGACAAUUUUACAUAUACAUGUUAAUCUGAAUUCUUUAGGGAUGGGUCGCUCAAUCUAUAUUAGAUUGCACUGAGGUAUAUAACUAAUAUAAAUUCAUUACACCAGUAUGGUGCAUUCAAGUUGAAAUGGUAGCAUAUAAAGAGCUGCCAUUCAUCACACAAUGUGGUUGAUAGUAAGUACACUGGAAAAACUACUACUCAUUUUAUUUAAAAAUCAUUAAUGGUAUCUCUCAAACACUCAACUUUUCCAGUAUGAUACUUAGACUUCAGGGAUAUUUUAUUUGUUUGUUUGUUUUUACCUGCUUAGUUUUUAUAUCAUAAAUGUAAACAAUCAGACUAUUAUUAUAAGUACAUAGUGCAAACCAUUCACAUGUGUGCAUGUGUGGGUGUGCACAUGUAAGGAAAGUAGUGGAGAGGCAGGCAUAUUGUAGGGAAGAAAUGAAUGCAAAGAACACAGGAAA